AAUGCUGAAAUUCUAAUGAAUUAAUGACUUCGCUCGCGACACGGCGAUUGAAUAUUAGCAAGCCUCACUCCUUACUGAAAUGACUGACUGUUCGCGUAGGGGGAAAUACUGGACUGACCCAAGUCUCGCCUUGUCGGUUCUCUUACGUGGUCAUUACGUAGAACACACGCAAGUGUACAGAAAUCCCCGCGUAGGCGUAGACACUUUCGGCCGGUCCUGUUUCUACAUUUUGGAAUGGGCCUACACCAUAAUACAGCUACUGCAAUGCACGGAUUUUUAAUAGCAUCUCGUGAGCUAAAUAUAGCCUGGCCAGUAAUCAGUAUCCUCGAUUUUUGACUGUUUGAGAAAGGCUUUCUGUUCAGCUUUUUAGUCUUUGUAGGCAACAACACUGAAAAUAACUCUGCCAGGGAUGUACUGUUUGUGUCCAUUCAUGCCAGUUUUAGGUUCCAUAUGUCACUUGUUUUGUGUGGAUGUACAUAUGUCUGCACAUAUGUGGAAGACAUGCGGGGAUGGAUGCUGAACUGUGACACUCUAUGUAUUGCUUUGUAUAGCACAACCAACCACUGGCUGCUGGUGUGUGCAGCAUUGUACACAUGGUCCAGAUUCCAGAUGGUGGGGUGUUCCUACUUUUGAGUACUAUGUUGGAGGCUCAUAUCACCCAUUACUGAUGCCAACAAUGUUAACUUUCCCUCCACAAGGAAUUUGGACGGUGAUUCUUGCCCCGGAAAACGGGUCAGACAACGAAACUGCCCCAAAGGUGAAAUUCAGUCUCCUUCCCAUGACUACCGACCGCUCUAACGACGGGGACGACUUGACUCCUUCAACUGUUACAGCUAUUCCAAAAAAGACUACUCUAAAUCCCAAUGCCAAGGUUUUCCAAAGUCCGAAGCUCGCUAAUUCUGUGACUUCCUCAGCAGACUCAACGGACAGCAGUCCAGAUUGGCAUGACAAUGAGAAUAGGAGUUCUCAGGCAUCUUCCCCACAGACAGCAAUGACCACACAAGGUCCUUACCAGGUGAAUGGAGAUGUUGGGAAGUUCUCAGGAUUGGGCUACCCACCCUCUCCAGAAUCGCCUGUCUACUCGAUACAAAAUGGAUACAUCAGUGGACCAGAAUACCCAUAUUUACCAGAUGGACAGUUGGUCACAUCUGAUGACCUGUUGCAGCAAGAAUUACCUAAAGGGGAAGAUCUUCGUAAACUAUUGCAACGCCAGUUGGAGUACUAUUUCUCAAGGGAGAACUUGGCAAAUGACAGGUAUCUUCAGUCCCAGAUGGAUGCUGACCAGUAUGUUCCAAUUUCUACCAUAGCAAACUUCAAUGCUGUCAAGAAAUUAACCAAGGAUAUGCCACUUAUUGUUGAGGUCCUACGAGAAUCACCUUGUGUUAAAGUGGAUGACAAAGGAGAGAUGGUCCGACCUAACCACAAGAGAUGCACUGUCAUCUUAAGAGAGGUUUCAGAGGCAACUCCUCUUGAGGAAGUGAAAGCACUUUUCACCGGUGAAAACUGUCCCAAAUUUGUCAGCUGCGAGUUUGCACAUAACAGCAACUGGUACAUCACUUUUGAGUCUGAUGCAGAUGCUCAGAAGGCGUAUCGAUACAUUCGUGAGGAGGUUGGAGUGUUUCAAGGGAAGCCUAUUAUGGCAAGAAUAAAGGCUAAGCCACUUCAGAGAAUAAACUUCUCCCCCAAGCCAUCACCUGUCAAUGGGUACACCAGCACAGGCCAACAGAUGUUCACACAACAGUUUCAGUACCCUCCGUCACAUCUCAACAAUAUCAGUCAGCAGCCUCCACAACAGCAACAACAGUCCUCCCAACAGCAACAGCAGCAACAAAGUCAAUCGCAGCAGCAGCAGCAGUACCCAUUUUAUUCUGCAGGAGUUGGACAAUCGCAGCAGCAGUGGGGCGUGACAAGUUCGUCUUAUUUUGAGACACCACCAAUGCAACAGCCUCAGGCCUUUUCUCCUGGUGCCUUCCCUCCUCCACCACCCCCACCCCCUCCACAGAACAAGUUCCAGGCAGUCAAUGUCAAUCGACAACAUGCAUAUCAGGGACCUCAUUCAAGGCCACAUCAUAAGAGCCAUUCACGUACCUCCAGCACGCCUGAGCUGAGGACCACAGACCGUGUCAACAAUUCAUUGUUCCAAGAAAAUUCCAUCCAUCGGUCACACUCAGAGAGACGAACCACUCCCAAUGGGCCACAGGUGGUCAGCCCCAGGGGCGUGUUCGACUCACUGCGAGGGGGAGAUGUGGCUCCAGAGAGACGUGAUGAUCGAGAUAGGCGGGAUGACAAGGAGAGAGAUCGAGACAGGGAGAUGACAUACAGCAGAAGGAGAGAUAUACCUCCAGCAUCCACUCUGCCUGUGUCAUCAUCCUCUACAUCAAGAAAUCGUUACCAAGAUGAAUCCCCUAAUAGUAGUGCCAAUUCCUUACCGCCAAAUUCCAGAGGGUCCCGUGUUGGUACCAGCUACCGUGAUCGACGGCCUAGACGAAGGGAAGAUGAGCUCCAAAAUCGCCGAAAUUCUCGGGAUAUUCGAGACUCACGAGACAAAGAGCAGCUUGCACAAACAGCAAAGGAACUGCCCAAGGCACCUUCACCACAGAUAGACCUUGCCUCCUUCCCACCACUGCCUGGCCGAACGAUGAUAGAGAGUGAGGGUAGUGACAAGAAGGAAGAGGAAACUAACAACAAUGACCUAGUCACACCCAUGGCUGACAUUGUCAAGGGAGUGAAGGAUCCUAAGCGUGCUGCCAAAUCUCAGGAACCAUGUAAGCCAAACCAUCCAGCAACGAAGGACAGUGCCACUAACACAAGUAGCACGGGUGACAGCAAAGAACAGCCACCGUCCACAGCAGCUGCUAAAACACCCACCUCAUUGCCUAGCAAACAGACACAAGUACCAGUUGCCACCCAGACUGACCUGGAUCUGUCUCCCAGUCCUGAAGCUAAGUCAGGACCAGUCACCAGCCAACACCAUGCCAAGGUUAGCCAGACUACCAGCACAGCUGUUAACACAACAGUGACUGCUCCAGUCUCUCCUGCUGCAGUAGUUGCCAGAACAACUCCCACAACAGGAAGCACACAGACAGUGAGCACAGGGAGUCAGACUACUGAUUGUCAAACUUUACCAUCAAUUAGUGCCUCAUGCUCAGCCAGUACAACCACACAAGCAACUGACUCGGCAGUGCCACGUCUUAGCUACGCUGCAGUUACAGGAAAAAAAGCAGCUAAGACAACUGCAGCAUCAACAUCCACUGCAACAGUGUCUCAAGCAUCUACGUCGAGUACCACAGCUACUUGUAGUACUCCAACCACUCAUUCCACUGAGUCCUCCAUGCAACCAAGACAGAGCCAGCUACCACAGGCAUCAACUUCAUUGCAGACACAUCCACAGGCAAACACAUACACAGGGCCACCAAAUAAGCCCUACAUUCGGCCAAGGUAUGGUAUGCGUGGCAAUGACAGAGAGCAGAACUUUGAUCCCAGCUUCAAGUACAGGAGAGAUUACUAUACUGGUCGGAGGUCCCCACCACAACCUCGGUAUAUGAAUACGAAGUAAGGAACAAGCUGGCUGUUUACAUGGGUUGCCUUUAGGAUUUGUCAUGUCAGUUGGAAUCACAAGGAUUGAGGUCAGACGAUGGGGCUUAUAAUUGCAGUUACUUUUCCUCAGGGUUAUUGCUGUAUCAUUUACCUUGAAGCAUUAUCCAUUGAAUAGACGAGUCCUGUAUCAGUAGCCAAGAACAUUUGGAUCAAGUGUCACCAAACGCAGUCUUGUUGUGACUGAUUGGUGGAUAUCUGUAUUGCAGCGGUGUACUUGUGUAUCACAUGAGGGGGGUAGUACAGGUUGUCAAUGGGACAUCUCCAUAGAACUUUGUCUUCAGCCCCAAAAGAGAUUGCACUUUGUGCGAGACGCUCCCCCCCUUAUGGCAAACAAAUGGACAAAACUCAAAAGUUUUUUGAGUAUCCAUAAGAUACAUAUGGUAGGAAAGCUGGAACAGGGGAUGUGAUCAAGUAAACAUUGAUUGCAUGAUGAUGAAUAGUGCUUCAUUAUUGAGGUAGUAAAAUACCAGUGUUUUGACUGAAAGUCCUUACGUGUUGGUACAUAAGAAGAUAUGACUUAUCAACAUCUGUAGCCUCAUUGGUGCUUCAGAAUUUUGAGUGUAUCAGCAGUCUAGAAGAUGUGAGAAGUCUACUUUGUAUUUAAGUCUGUCACUUGAAACUAUAAAUCUCAACAAAGGGCAGCCUAACAAGUGGUGAGAGCUCUGAGUUUACACAAUCAGUGUGUAAAACAGUAAUAGCGUGCUGGGUUUGUUUCAACAAGUUAAAUAAAAUGACUACAUGUACAGGUGUACUUAAGAAAAGGAACUGUGAGUUGGAGUCAAAGACCAGUGUUAUGCUGUAAAUUUAAUUUGAUGAUACAGAAAGAUAAACAGAUUGAGGUGCAAGAGAUUUGGAGCUACGAUAGUCUAACAAAGGCUGUAAUUGUUGCUCCAGCAUUGUCACAGCACGUUAGUGGCACAAAACAUGCAUGAAACAUGUUUUAAAAACACUACUGUUGCUCUCUAAGAUCUCUGCCAGUACGAGUAAAGUUCAGUUUCCACAAUACGCAUGGUUUGUGUUGCAGCCAAUAAUUGGUUUGCCACUCUUUCCAAAUAAUAGCCAGGUUUUUUACAUGUAGUCUACCCUGUUUUCGCACUUUGGAAUGAUACCAGAAACUGACUUGAAAUGUCAAGUCCAGUGUGGAUGCAUGAUAAAUAGCCUGUUUGCUAUUUAGGUUGCCAAACACUUUCAUCUGAUGUUCUACCAGACGCUUCCUGUUUGCACUAACUUAUCCCUACUGACCAAGCUUUACUAAUUUGACAAUGGAGAACUCUGUCAAGUUGGCAUACUUUUUCACAGCUGUUGGGUGAAUGUGAACAGUUCCCAGAAUUGCUCAUUGUGUCAAAGUGCCCAAACAGAAUUCACAACAAUCAAGGUAAACUGUUGGACUACAGACAUUCUUCUUGUUCUAACAAGUAGUUCCAGUGACCAAAACCUAAAGGGACAGGUGCUUUGGAAUGUCAACUUGCCAUUUCAGGUGCCAUGUUGAUUGUCGAAUGUUGGUCAAGUCUUACAUUUUUUCAUUCGUAAUGCUUCUGGUAGACCUCCAUUUUGUAGAUUUCACUAUUGGUAAAUUCUAAUUUUAUUUAUCUUAAUGGUGGUGAUGUUCUGGGCGUAUUUUAAUAAAAUAUGGUAGUCAAGUAUUUAUGCCAUUUCUCCCAUCUUCAGAUGUGGUGGUUCUGAGUCUUCAUUUGGCCUUGUUUUAGUUUUCGCAUAAAGUUUACCCAUUUUAAAUGUUUGCUUAAGCCAUUCUGCAAGUCAGUGUUAUAUGUAUAUAAUUGUUCCUAUUACCUAGUAAUCCCUUAUUGAUUGAUGUAGCUUAAGACUGAACCAUCCAGUUGGGCAAAUGGAUACUGGCGAUUGAACAUAAAGAAAUUCAACAAAAUAUAGUGGUUUUUUUAUUUGUACUCAAAAAAAAAUUGUGGAUUUAAUAUAUUUUUGAAAAAUGUUGACAUUGAACAGGGUGAAGAUGUUUAUAGUUCACCAUUUCACCCUUGUCGCACAUCUGGAACUGUACAGAGAAAAUGUGAACUUCUCUGUGAGCAGUGCAAGGAGUUCCAACUCUCAGUCAGGUUCAUUUCAUAUCAUUUAGUCUGUAUUUUUUGUUUUAUUUCAUUCGGUAGUGUCCAGUUUACACAGUGUAUGGCAUGUUCAAGAGAACAAAUGAAUGAUUUUAGGUUGCAUUGCGAGUCAUGAAGUGGCUGGCUAUCUGGGGAAGUGGUACAGUGCAGGGUAAGGGCAAACUGUCCUAGCUUUGCUGUGCUUUGCAUUGGGACUAUUGGACACAGAGGAGCAGUAACGGAAAGCAGUCAGAAAAUGUGUCAUGUCACAUGAUAUUGUACAAUUUGCAUUUAUACACAAGGUGGGAAACCCAUUCAUAAUAAAACCUGUUGACCUUUUCAAAGCAGGGUGGACACAGUA